CCCAUUGAGUGAGAGCUGCUCUGACUGCAAGUGUCUCAGCCCCCAUCCUUUCCCAGGCUCCAGGAUGGUGGUCUUGAGGAUCACUGAGGUCCCAGGGAUGGCAGCCCUCAUGAUGUCCUUGGUGAUGCUGAGCUCCCCUUUGGUUCACAGCAGAGACAGCCCAGAUCUUUACGUCUACCAGAGGCGGAGCACCUGCUUGGAGUUAAACGGGACGCACCGCUUCCUGGAGCAAUACACCUACAACCGAGAGUUGUUCGUCCAGUUCGACAGCGCCGCGGGGGUGUUUGUCGCCGAGUCCGAGCUGGGCCGCAUAACUGCCAGGAACUGGAACAUCCAGAGGGAGUUCCUGUACCUGAGACGGAGCGCCGUGGACUCCGUGUGCAAGCACAACUUCGACCUGGACGAGGGUUUCACGCUGAAGCGCCGAGUCCAGCCUCAAGUGCACGUUUCCCCCUCUAAGAAGGGGCACCCGCAGCACCACAACCUGCUUGUUUGCCACGUGUCAGAUUUCUACCCAGGCCACAUUCAAGUCCGCUGGUUCUUGAAUGGACAGGAGGAAACAGCUGGGGUUUUAUCCACCAACUUGAUGCAUAAUGGAGACUGGACAUUCCAGAUCCUGGUGAUGCUGGAAAUGACCCCCCAGCAGGGAGACGUUUACAGCUGCCAAGUGGAGCACCCCAGCCUGGACAGUCCUGUCACCGUGGAGUGGAGGCUACAAGCUGAUUCUGCCCGGAGCAAGAUGCUGGCUGGAGUCGGAGGCUUUGUGCUAGGAUUCAUUGCCCUCGGAAUGAGCUUCAUCCUCCGUUUUCGAAGCCAGAGAGGGCUCCUGAACUGAUCUCAGACAUCACAUGUAGCCUUGGAAAAAGCAGUUCUGAUAUUCCUGUUGUCCAGCAACCUCCCACAUCCAGAAAGGACAUAAUGGCUAAAUUGUGCUCCCUUAGGCCAGUUUCUGAGUCUCUGCAUUUUAUUUCAACAUACUUUCUCUUUCUCAAGUUCUUCCAGUCUAUAGAGUGACCUUUCCUGAGGAACAUAAACCAUCUAAACCGAAUGUUGCUUUUCUUUUUUUUUUUUUUUUUUUGAGAGGAAAUAGAUGGUCAUGGGCCAUGCUUACGGUUGAAGGGUUUGGUGAUCACUGGACAAGUCACUGUUGUUUUAUCUAGUCAUGGAGAAAUAAACUUCUUGAUGGUGAUCAGUUCUCCCUAUUGAGCCGGAGGCCAACUGAUAGUGGACCCCCUAAAAUUUGCUUUAUAUCAUUGUAGAUGACCAAGUUCAUGCUGCAUUCUUACCAGUGAAGGGUGGAACCAUUACCCCUAGAAAUUCCAUGUGGAAAAGACACUGAGCUUGGACUUGACAUUCAUACAGGACUGAUAAAGUGAUAAAGUAUGCCAGUCACUAAGAAUAUGCUUUCCAAGUAUAAAAACCAACAGAAGAUCAGAAUUGUAUAUACAGGUGUAAUAUGUUAAUAUUAUAGUUCUUUUUUAAUACUAUUCACAUCGAGGCAUAAAAACAGACUUACCCCAUGACUCUCUGUUUAUCAGAUCACCCGAAAUUCUUUCCCUUCCUGAGUCAGGAAAUAUAUCUCCAGUUCCCAAAGGGCCAAAGACAAGUGUAUACCAGAUUUUUAAAAAUUUUUUUAUUGUUUUAUUUUAGUCACCAUACAGUACAUCAUUAGUUUUUGAUGUAGUG